GACUUGCAGGAGUACUUUCGGCAGAAGGACCUGGACUAUGACUCGCUGAUGGUGCAGAUCAAGGAGCUCGUGGUGAAGACGCUGAUUGCCACAGAGACGCCCAUCGUGAGUGCCUGGCAUAACGGCGCCAACUACCGAGGAGUGCCGAAGGGAGUGGGGCCCAAUCAGACCUGCUUCGAGCUCUACGGGUGCGAUGUGCUGGUGGAUGCCCAGUUGAGGCCCUGGCU